UUCUUCACUCAUCAAUAUUUUGUAUUAAUAUUCAUUAAGCUUCAUAUUUUUACAAAUAUAGCCACCAUGGUCAAGCUUGUCUUCCUUUUUCUUUACAUUUUAGCAAUUUUCAUCUCUUCUUCUUGGCCAGGAAACGCCAUUUCCUCAUGCAACGGCCCGUGUAAUUCCUUGAACGAUUGUGACGGUCAAUUAAUUUGCAUAAGGGGAAAAUGUAACGAUGACCCUGAUGUUGGAACCAAUACUUGCAAAGGCAGAAACUCUCCUUCUGUUCCUUCGUCACCUACAGAUUCAACGCCUGCCCAACUUACCCUCAACGAUUUCAGUAAAGGCGGAGACGGUGGCGGUCCAUCAGAAUGUGAUGAGAAAUAUCAUGAUAAUAGUGAAAGAGUAGUAGCUUUGUCCACUAGAUGGUAUGCUAAAGGUUCAAAAUGUGGUAAAAUGAUACGUAUUAUGGCAAAUAAUGGGAAGAGUGUAACGGCUAAAGUUGUGGAUCAAUGUGACUCUAUUAAUGAUGGUUGUGCAAAUAAUGUAGUUGAUGGUUCCAUUGCUGUGUGGAGAGCUUUGGGUUUAGAUACUGAUAAGGGAAGAGUUCCCAUCACUUGGUCCAUGGUCUAGAAUAUUAUUAUUAGGUUUGUUUGGUCUGUGUCUGGUUUGUACUUGUAAAAUUUGAAUAAGGUUGUCAUCUUAUAUGUAAUAAGAUGGACAAGAGCUCAAGAAUUAGCUAUGAAAUAUUAUUCCUAAUUAAUUAUGUGCACGUUAUUUCCAAGAAUUAAUACUUUUGGAGAUUAAUUAAGCAAAGCAAUAUCCUAGUUUUUACUUGUAUUGUUG